UAGUCGCUGCCAAGAAAACCAUGCGGUCAUAGAAGCGCAAUUUCAGCCCCAACUGCCUGGCUAAGCGACGGUUUAAGUUUGAACAGAAACAGAGGAAAAACAAACAUUAGGCGGGGAUUGAAAGUUCACUUCAAAAAUUUUGGACAGCACCGUCAAACGUCGUGGCUUUGGUCAUUUGGCAGUUUGGAUCGCAUCGGAUUGCGCGUUUCGCAAAAGUCGAUUUACAUGGAAUUGCUCACGGUUUCGCUAGUAGGGCUAUGUCUUCUCGCUGCGGUCGUUGCUGUUUUGUGACACAGCCGUGUUUCAGUUCAGUUGCUUCGGAUGUCGCGUGCGCACAGCUUUUGGCGGGUUUCAUUAUAAUCGGCAUUCGGUUGGGAGCGGACCGUUUGUGUGUUUCGCGCUGCCGUAAAGGGGCUUCAUUGCAAUAAAAAAACUAUUUCAUUCUCAGCUGCUAGUUCUUGUGUGGUGCUUUAGAUAUAGAUAUGCCAAGCUUGAAGUAACAGGUAGAGUCCCAUCCAUGCCGAGGAAGUUGCAGUUGUUUUCCAAUGCAUGAAAUUGGAACGAAAGUGAAUCGUGAAGAAAGUAAAUCGGAAUAUUCAGUGUCUGUGUUAAACGUAGGACGAAUCAACCAUCCGUUCUAUGUGAGUCGUUUGUGUGUGUGUUCUACUCAACGGAAACGGAUACGUUCUAGUAUCGGAACGGAAUAGUAGUUUCGGCUGGUUCUUAAGCUAAAACUCCGAAAAAGUUCGAAAAAGUUCGUUCAAAGCGAAAGCAGUGUGCCUUAUUUUGUUUUUAUUGGAGGAAGCAAGACUAAGAGACGCUGGAAGCCAUGGUUGGCCAGAGAAUCGCAAACUCUUUGCUCAAGAGAUCAGCAUUCUCUUCGGCAAUCAAUGUAUUACCAAACGAGGUUACCACCGCUGCUGGGACUGCCCCAGCAAUCGCCACCACAGUCGCCGAUGCACAAACAGGAGUAGAAUUCGCCGUCGGAAGCCAUGUGAAAUCCUACAUGGAAGUGCCGGGACCCAAAGGACUCCCCCUGAUUGGCAACAGUUGGCGUUUUGCACCCUUUGUCGGCCAAUACCGAAUAGAAGAUCUGGAUAAGGUCAUGCGUGAUCUUCAUCUGCGUUUCGGUAAAGUUGCCAAAGUAGGUGGUCUCAUAGGUCAUCCCGAUUUGCUAUUUGUGUACGAUGCCGAUCUAAUCAGGGACACCUUCAAGAAGGAAGAAGUCCAACCCCACCGGCCGGCGAUGCCAUCGCUUCGCAACUACAAGUCCAAGCUGCGGAAAGAGUUUUUCGGAGACAACAUGGGACUGAUCGGAGUACACGGUGAAAAAUGGGACGCAUUCCGUGCCAAAGUGCAGCAAGUGAUGUUGCAGCCAGCAACGGCGAAAAAGUAUAUUGGACCACUUGAUGAGAUAUCCAGUGAUUUUAUGGAAAGGAUUCACGAAAUGCGAGACAACAAUGAUGAGCUGCCAGGCGAUUUUCUCCAUGAGCUCUACAAAUGGGCGCUUGAGUCGAUUGGACGUGUUGCACUUGACACUAGGUUGGGAUGUGUAUCGAAAACAGGUAAUGAGGAAUCAAAACGUAUCAUCGAUUCAAUCAACGCGUUCUUCUGGAACGUUGCCGAGGUGGAGCUGCGGAUGCCCAUCUGGCGGAUAUAUAAAACGAGUGCCUAUAAAAAGUACAUUAGCGCGCUUGACACAUUCCGAGAAUUAUGUAUGCGCCACAUCAACAUCGCCAUGGAGAAAAUGAACAGCAGUAGUGAGGUGAAAAGUGAGGAAAACAUUUCCCUGGUGGAAAGAAUCCUACAAAAAACUAACAACCCCAAAAUCGCAGCCGUGCUGGCGCUCGAUUUGAUAAUGGUGGGCGUCGAUACGACAUCGGUGGCAGCCACCUCCACAAUUUACCAGUUGAGUCAAAACCCAGACAAACAGGAAAUUCUGUUCAACGAAAUCAAACGCAGUCUCCCGUCACCGGAUACCAAAUUUACGGUGUCUAUGCUGGAAGCAAUGCCAUAUCUGCGUGCCUGCAUCAAGGAAACCCUCAGAAUGUACCCAGUGGUAAUUGGGAACGGACGCAGUCUCCAAUCGGAUGCCAUCAUCGGAGGAUACCACAUCCCCAAAGGGACCCACGUAAUCUUCCCCCACUUUGUUGUGUCCAACCUGGAGGAAUAUUUCCCGGAGCCGGAAAAGUUUGUACCUGAACGAUGGCUCAAGAGAGGCGAACUGAAGGAACAUGGCGCCGGAUGCCCACUCGCUGGACAGAAAAUCCAUCCGUAUGUUAGUUUGCCGUUUGGCUAUGGCCGACGCACCUGCAUCGGGAGACGGUUCGCGGAAAGCGAACUGCUCAUUCUACUGUCGAAGCUUUUCCGACGAUAUCACAUUGAGUAUAACUACGAAAAGUUGACAUACAAGGUUAAUCCUACGUAUAUUCCCGAUAAGCCAUUGAAAUUUAAACUCACCGAACGCAACAACUAACACGGUUUGGAGGAUACACACCUUAGUAGCAAUGUAAUUGACCCAGGGAAAAAGAAUAGCAAGUAAUGUUUUUUUUUAUUAGCGCGACAGACUGUGACCGAAUGUUCGAAUGUUGAAUGGUGUAAAAAGUAUUUAUGUACAUAAUUGAACGGAAUAAUUUACGAGCUUAAAUAAAUCCAACAACAAGUUAUAAACGAU